UUUCCUUGAGCGAGGCCGAUUUCACACAACCGGAAGUAAAUAGAAGACCGCCAGAAUGCAAAUUUAUUCAUGUAAUUAAAAUGCGUCAUGUCGGGAAUUAAUCAUCGAAGAUGUCAGUAAGUGUUAGACACCAGGCUACCAGUGAUGGAGCGAUGUGGCCCUCACAAGUGGCCCCCUCUGCAUAAGAUCAGGGUGGGCGUGCCUACCACCCCAGCCCCCCAGAGCUUGGACAGUCUCACGGACGUCUGUCAGGAUAUUUUCAGGCUAGCCUCAGACAUCGCAUCAGGCCAGAAAAAAGUGGUUCUGUGUUGGUCUUUUGGUGGACAAGGAGUAACUCUAGAUUUGUGUGGAGCCAAGGCCACUACUCUUCUCUGUGCCAUUGGGAUUGGCUUUGGGAUUGGAAGUUAUCUACUGUAUAAGCUGUACUGUAAAUUGUUCCCAUCUGACCCUAAGGAUCCGGGACCAGUAAAAACAGCCAAUAAAUACUGCCAAAAGAACAAAAGUAACAAUGUGCAUGCAGAUAGUGAAGAGGAUGAUAUGGGAAACUCCGGCUCCAAUGAAACUGUACCGGUUCGUUAUAAUGCUGUAAACGGGGUGCAGUUUGGCAGCUGCCGAACCAGAAACCAAGCCACAAGUCCAAUCCUCGUGAGGCAGCGCAGACCAACGAAGCAUCGUCGACACAGAAAAAACUCAGAGGAGGAGGAGGUCCAUCUCCUCAAUUCACAGGAGGACAGUUCCUCACAGCCUCGAGAGGAUUCGGUUGAACGAUUUACCCACAGUGCCUCAGACUUCAGUGGAGCGGAACCAAACAGUGGGUCACUCAAGGGGAACCUGAGUCUAAAGUCGCUGUAUGAAAGGAACUAUAAAUACGGGUUUGAUGAACAUUUCCAGUCAAAUAAACCCCACCUUUGUGAAUCAUCAGGCAAUAGUUUACAGAUAGAAGUUUCUAGUUCUCAGGAUGUGUUGACAGUCAGUAGUGUUUUGUUGACUCCGCCCUCAGACGACGAUCGCAACAAUCAAAAUGAGGAAACCGUUUCAAGUGAACAAAAUAAACCUAGUGUGACAUUUUCAGAAAACAUUCCAGAUCUCAUUUCGAACUUAUCACCAACAGAUUCUGAACAUUUGAUUGGUAAUGGGACUGACUUCAAUGACGUAGACCACGCAGGUUCUGUUUGGCAGACCACAGAUAGCUCUAACCAUACAUCCCCUUUCCACUCCAGCGGGAGUGCCAAACUCUUCAGUAACUACACAACAGACGUUUCAGGAAAUUUAAGUUUUGAUGACGAUGAGCAGGAUUCUUCCCCUUUACACAAAGCCAAAAGUGUAGACGGCCAGUUUCGACAGACACUACUUCAAAGACUUCAUGAAAUAAAUACAUCAAGUACAUCAUCUGUGAAUUCUUCCCCCGACGGCUCUCCUGUUAGAUAUGCUAGGAGUAACAGUUGUGAAAGACAGGAGAGUUUGUCUGGAUUGAGUGAAAAUGAGAUUUUUACCGAGUCCGCUCAAGUAGGCCAAGAAACGGGAGAGUAUUUCGAAGAAAUUGAGCAUCAAGUGGAUGACAUUGUUGAUGAGUUUGCUGAGAUUACUGCAAAACUGGACGAAUUGAAACAGUUGGCAGCGAAACAUUCCAGUGAUGAUGAGAUGGAGUACACUCCUAGUGAUCCACUAGCCAAAAAAGCGUGUGAUUUCGUAGAGAAGACCAGAGAGAAGCUCCACCGCUCACAGAGCGAUACUUCACUGAGUGAAAGUGCAGUGGACACGGACGGCAUUGACCUGUCCUGGGACAGUGAAGGUCAAAGUCAGAUCAAGGUCCUGCUGAAACGCAUCAACAGUCUUCCUUCCAAAAUCGUCACGGAAUCUCAGGAAUCUUCUGAACAUGUUAAAGAAGAGAACACUAGUGAGGAGAAAAUCUCCACAUCAGAUGGUGCUAUCAUAUUUUUAUCUGACAACUUACAAACAUGUGAUAAACUUCUUCUGGAUGACAGUGACAUCUACAGUGAUCAGGGGCAGACAACUCUGGAUGAGCUGGAUACAGAUAGUGCCUUUGAUAUGGAGCCGGUAGAGCUGGUGUCAUCUAGGGAAUUAUCCCCAGGGUGUCUUAAUGUAGGACCCAAACAGGAUGUACUGGAGUACUGUAAGAAAGAAUGGAAGGGGAACACUAGGCGAGCCUCCGUCAUGUUGAAGGCAUAUGAAGAAGUACCUAGUCUGACCGGCUGUAAACAUCUACACCAAAUCAGGGGAGACAACUACUGUGGGAUCAGAGGGACCUUAUUACAGUGCUUCAUUCAGAAUAUCAAUGUUUUAUCCAAAUGGAACAGUGCUGAAUCUGUUAUAAACAAAUUACAAACACUCUACAGAAAUCCACACUCAGGUCUUUCACACUGGACUUUUGCACACCGUAUUCCCUUUAACAAGAAGGAUAAAUUACAGACCAUGUCAGAAUGUGUUCAAUGUCUUUUUAACAAGUUCAGUGAGUGUCAGAGUCUUUCCCCUGAUGAGGAGAGGACCAGCUGGUCUGUAAACCUACUGAACCAGGACACCAAGGCAGACCUCCAGUGUAUGGAGGCCAUCAAGCUCCUCAUGUUCCUCGAGGCCCACUCCCUGUAUGAAGCCUCACAGAGGGGGGAGGAGGUCCCCGUGUUUGUGUGGCUGCUGUUUGCCAGGGACACCUCAGAAAAUCCAGACAGCCUGGUCAGGAACCACAUCAACCCUGUGGGGGAUUGCGGGGGGCUAGAACAGAUUGAGAUGAUCUUGCUGGGGUAUACGUUAGGAGUCACAAUCAAAGUACUGAGACUACAGCAGCAUAUGGAGGAGGAUUUCCUUACAUAUUACCCCGAGGACAUGAAGGAUUCCUGGCCACACGUCGUGCUGAUCGCAGAGGACGAUAGACAUUAUAAUGCACCUGUGGUUUGAUAAGAAGGAGUGUGUAAGCUUCCUAUGUGUCAAUGCUGUGAUGGAGACAUUGUAGAACAGAAAGUGUAGGACACUGAAAGCACUGGCUGUUUCUGUCAGCUCACUUGGAGAUCUUGCCAUUCAGAAGACAACAGUUAGCUGUGGUUCCUUGUGUGUUGAAUGAAUACUUUUAUGCAAAUAACCUGAGCUGUUGUACAGCUUUCUGAUAAAUUGUAUGGUCUUUUAUGUGUGUCAGACAUGUACAAAAAGAAUA